UAAAAAACUCAUAAGGUUAGGUUGUUGAAAUUACUAGUAAAACAGAACAUUAAAAAUUACUAAUAUUAAGAAGAAAAUAAUAAAUAGUUUUUUUUAGUAGAAUUUGUUAGAUUAAAGCCAUAUUAACUGUAUUUAAAAUUGAUUUGUUAAUGAAACCAUUUAAAUAUGGGGAUUCUUGAAAAAAUAGCGGAAAUUGAAAGGGAAAUAUCUAGAACUCAAAAAAACAAAGCUACUGAGUAUCAUUUAGGAUUAUUGAAAGCUAAACUUGCCAAGUAUAGAGCUCAAUUGUUAGAGCCAUCAAAAAAGCAAGAAAAAGGUGAAGGUUUUGAUGUCUUGAAAUCUGGAGAUGCAAGAGUUGCAUUAAUAGGUUUUCCAUCAGUUGGUAAAUCAACUCUUUUAAGUACAUUAACUCAUACAGAGAGUGAAGCAGCUUCUUAUGAAUUUACUACUUUAACAUGUAUUCCUGGUGUAAUAGAAUAUAAGGAUGCAAAUAUUCAAUUAUUAGAUUUACCUGGUAUUAUUGAAGGUGCAUCUCAGGGAAAAGGACGAGGAAGACAAGUUAUAGCAGUUGCACGCACUGCUGAUUUAGUGUUAAUGAUGCUGGAUGCAACCAAACAGGAUAUUCAACGACAACUUUUAGAGAAAGAACUUGAAAGUGUUGGAAUUAGAUUAAAUAAACAAAAGCCUAAUAUUUAUUUUAAGAUUAAAAAAGGGGGAGGGUUAGCAUUCAAUGCUACUUGUCCUUUAACUAGGAUUGACGAAAAACUAGUUCAAGUUAUCUUACAUGAAUACAAAAUAUUUAAUGCUGAAGUAUUAUUUCGAGAAGAUUGUACACCAGAUGAACUAAUAGAUGUUAUAUCAGCCAACCGAGUAUAUUUGCCUUGCAUUUAUGUUUAUAAUAAGAUCGAUCAAAUAUCUAUUGAAGAGGUUGAUAGAAUUGCUAGACAACCAAAUAGUGUUGUAGUGAGCUGCAAUAUGAAAUUAAAUCUUGAUUACUUAUUAGAAGUUUUAUGGCAGUACUUAUCAUUGAUUCGGGUUUAUACAAAGAAACCUGGUCAACCUCCAGACUUUGAUGAUUGUUUAAUUCUUAGAAAAGGAGUAAGUGUUGAACAUGUGUGUCAUUCAAUUCAUCGUACUUUAGCAGAACAGUUUAAAUAUGCUCUUGUUUGGGGCACAAGCACUAAAUACUCUCCACAGAGAGUGGGUUUGCAACAUAUUAUGCAUGAUGAAGAUGUAAUACAAGUGGUUAAAAAAUAAAAUUAAUUUAAAAUAUAUAUACAGUAUCUUUUUGUUACAAUAUUUACAUUUAAUUACCAUUAAUAUUAUGUAAUACAUUACACAUUACAAUAUUACACAUAAAAUUAAAAAAAUUAAAAUUUAUGAUGAUGCAAUUUGCCGCAGUGGUCCGUCUAAAUAUGUUGAUAAAGCUGUGAUUUUUUCUUUAAGCAAACCAAAUUCAACUGAUCGAUUAGCAUAUAAGCAUAGUAAAAUAUUAGCUACUUGUUUGAUAGCUACUCUGCCUUCCUAAAAUAAAUUUUUUAAAUAAUACUAGAUAAAAAAAUAUAAACUUUAA